UUGCUUGCACAUUCUUGCUUAAUUUCGUCUUUUUUGCUCUCUCUCUCUCUCGCUGUCUCGCCACUUUCCGCCGCACGCCAUUAACCACCACAAAAACAGAACAGAACAGAAAGGCAGGAAAGGAAAAGCAACCGCAACAUACAACAUACAAAAAUCCACAUACCAAUACAUAAAUUACAAAAGGAUUAGUGAAAAAAAACCCGAAAAGAAAAUGUGAAAAAAUAUUUGGAAAAACGGAAGCCUAAAAGGCACAACUCUUUAACGCUUUUUACUGAUUUAUACGUUUUGUAAUUCGAUUAUAAUUUGCAUAAAAAACGGAUAUAUUGAAUAUCGAAAACGGAAAGGACUAUUUGCCAAUCAACAUAAAAAAGUGCUAAAGACAUUUUGUCAAACGAAAACGAAAAAAAUACAAAUAAAAAUGAAAAUAAACCUAAGGACCCAACAAGGAGAGAGAAACGCUUGACAUAAAAAAUAAAAAAAAAUAUUCGCAGUUACGUAGAGGAUUUACAACCGAAAAGCAAAAGGGGGGAGGCGGUCGUAUACAUUCAGCAAAAGGAAAAAUAAAAGCACAGACAGUCUCUCAUACACACACGCACGCACACACACUCACAGCAGUCCUUGAAGCAUCGUUAGGGCCAAAAGCAUCUCAACUUUCAACCCCCAACAUUGGGUGUGACAAGGACAGGGGAGUGAGGGAUGUAGCUGAGGCAAACGAACGAAACGAAAAAAUCGUCAACAAAAAAUAAACAAACGCUGUCUGCACCGUUAUGUAUACGUAUACGUAAUUUUCCGUUAGCCUGCUACAACUCUGCUUGUGCAUGCUCGUUCAUGUCAUCGUAAAAGAGACGUUUGGCAUUUGCGAAUAAGCCUAUUGUCAGUCAAGACAAGAAGUCAAAGAAGAACAACAACAGAAUCCGUCCAUUUAUUAUCAACCAACAAACAACAAAACAAAAAAGGAAAAACGGGGAAUUGUCAGAAUGUUUGGCUCCAAGUUACGCUCCUGGAUGGAGACGCAUAUUGGGCGUACUCGUAAAAAGGGCAACAAACAUAAGCAAGCAGCAGCAGCCGCAGCAUCGGCAGGAGAUUCCAAUAUACAUGGCAAAAAGUCUGGAACUUUACCAGCUACAAGCAGUAAUCUAACCAGUCCAGUUCUCACCAGCAGUGGUAGCCAUAGCAUAGCUAGUCCUGUGCGUAGGCGGGAGGUAUCACCCAUACAAUGUCAUACUCCCAGUCGUUAUGGUUGGCAAUCGCCAACGGAUCAAGAUUCUCAUACCAUUACAUCACCCAAAUCGGAUAAUCUUCUCUAUGCACCGCAUCAUCAUCAUAAUCAUCGCUAUCAACAACAAUUGAGUGUGCCCCUAGGGAAGGAUAAUUAUAAUGGCGACAAAUCUCCCAUACGUGUCAAUUGUUCAUCUUCCUCGAUAUCAUCGCUAUCCUGGUCAACGGGCUCCAAAGAGCCAUCAUCUGCAGCGGGCAGACAAAAUUCUUACAAUUACCCACAACAUCAGCAAUCGCAAUCGCAGCAGCAGCACCAUCAGGAGGAGGAAGUCCAUCAUAUCAAGGCAGAAGAUGAAGUGGAGUACGAGGAAGUUGGUUCUGUGAUUUUUCGUCCCUUGAUGGACUAUCCACGUCCACAGUCGGAGAAUUUGCAAUUGAUCUACGAUGAGGCUGAGGCCAAAGAGAAUAGCAGGAAUAGCAAUUAUGUGCAUUAUGGUCGUCUAUUGCCCUCCAAAUUGGCGCCAGUUCAAUUGGGUGAAUCCGUGGAGAGUCUGCCACCGCCGCCACCACCACCGGCGCCGGCAUUUAGUAAUCAGAAUGCCAUGGCCAAGACAACGUCAUCCAACUGUCGUCUGCGUGGAAAUUCGCGUGGCAUGCCACGUAAUAAUUUCAUGCCCGGACCACCGCGUCCCCAUAGUCUUUCGUCGCCAGAGAGCGCCUAUUCCACUGGUUAUUCCACUGAUGGCACCUCACCCUGUGCGGCCAGCAAUUAUAAUCCUCCCGAGUAUUACAUCAAUAUGCGUACGGGUACACAUUAUUUCCCCAAGAGUGUCAAUUCGUUGGCCAUCGAGGCAAAACGUUAUAAAUUUGGCUUAAAUCGCAUUGAAGAAAUGUCCCCCAUGGAUCCCCUGCCAAAGAGUAAUUUCGCCAACUCCGCCAACGCCAAUGGCAAUUGCUGUCUCCUGGAGCCGUCGCCCCGACAAGGACCAAGACUCUUUGAAUCUCCUUCGCCUAGGCAACGUUGCCGUAUACGUACGAAUCCCUGGUAUAACACAAAUGAGCAGCAACAGCAACAACAUUUGGCAGCAAAUUCGGGAAAUUUGCGAAACUUGGAGUUGGAUGCAACCAGCACCACCUCCUCCAACAUGACAACCACAUCGUCGGGCAUUAAGUCGGGCAAUGAAGUGGAAAUUUCAGCUACUAAGAAAAUGGCAGCGGCUAACAGCGCCAGCGAAAUGCCUGAAGUGGCCGGUGUUGGGGUUGCAGUUGGGGUUGGAGUCACUUAUGAGUCCUCCGAGGGCUCUUCGUCCUCGUCGACUGAAGUGGAAAAUCUGCAUGCUCUCAUGCACACGAUGAAACGACGCCACAUGGAGCAGGGGGAUAUAAUAACCACCACCACAACAACCUCGGCAACGGCUGCUCCAAUUGUAGGAGUAGCACAACUCAGCGAUGAUGAGGCCACUCUCAAUGAAAUGAUUGGCAAAUUUGAUGAGAGUUACAUCUAUGAAAAGGAGACGGAUAUACUUAGCAGCGACUCAGAUCCCACAGAUUGUUGUGCCUCUGAAUUGGAUACUGGCCAGGAUGCUGGUGAUGAAUGCGAUACUGAUGAAUUGCUGGAUAUUGAUUUCAUUGAUACAUCCUCCAUGCAAGAGGUUAUGCUAUUGGAUCAACGUAAUUUGGGCAGUUGUCAUUAUUAUCCCAAUCAGGCGGAACCAAGUCCAUUGGUUCUACGCAGAUCUUCGACAAGAUCGCGACGACGUAAACGUUUCCUCAAGACACGCAAGAAAAGUUGUGAGAAUCGUGAAAGAUUGCCAGAAGUAUCACCUAUGCGGGAACCGCGUGGCACUCGCAGUGUGGGAGGAACUCCAGUUUGUCUGCGACGUCAUCUGAUGGUCAAGGAGAGAAUCUACAAGACUUCACCGCUUUCGAAUCGUUCGAAUUCUUUAAUAUUUGGCAGUAUUAAUGACAAGAACUUUAUGACCAUAGCGGAGAGUGAGAAGGCUUUGCUCAAGGCUGAUCUCGAGGCGGAUAUGAAAUACAAACAGCUCAUAAUGGAGGCAGAAUCUUUGCUAGAGUCCAUGAAGAAUAGUUUGCAGAGCAUACCACGCGACACUCCGGUGGCCAGUCCCAGACGUUUGAAUCCUUUGGCCAAUAAGCGUGUGGAAAUGCUUAAAAAUAGUGAAGUAGAAACCAAAAAACAGGCACCACCUUCUGUCCCUGCUCCUGCCUCACCACAGGAACAUGAAUUGGCAGCGGCUAUAAAUAAGCGCAUAGAGCUCUUGAAAUUGGAAACAUCUAUGAGUGGUCCCUCACCGCCAAAUAGCCCCAAAAUGAAUCGCUGUAGUCCACGUAAAACACAUUUAACAAACUUUAUGAAUCAAAAUAAUCCACCAGAAUUGCCGCCACGUAAGAUCAAUCAAGCUCCACCUCUGUCACCUCAAUUGCAAUUGAAUGGCAGACGUCUGAAGGGCAACGAAGAUGUCGAAGAGAAGUUGGCCAGUCAAUCCAAUAACUUUUAUUGUCCACAUAGUGAGCCAUUGAAACGUAAAGUCUAUAAGGGCAGCUCAUCAUUUGAACGCAUUAAGAAAACUUUCGAUUUGGAAUUGGGUGAUGGCGAGCGUCGCAAGUCAAAGGGUUCACAAUCGAAACUUUUGGCUUCAUCGGUUUCGGUAUCGGCCAAAAGUUCCAUGCAGGAUAUGACUGGCACAGGUGAAGACUGCUCCACCAAAGGAGAAAAUCACAAACAGCAGUUACUACUAAGCACUAUAGUGGAUCUAAAGCGUAGUCUAGAGCAUCAGAGUUAUCAAUUGAAUGGCCUGAAUGUUGAUUAGAAGAGAGAGAACUGAAUAGAACCGGGAAUACAGAAUAUAGAUUAUUCAUACGUAAACAAACAAAAAAUUAAUCCAACUAACUAAAAAUAGUAAUCUAUUUAUAAGUUCAUGAAUACCACAAGAAAUCCCCUCAGACUUGAUACAGAAUUUGAUAAUAACUUACCAAAAAUGUUAUGAAAGACCUAUUUAUAUAUACAUAUAUAUAUUUAAUAGGAUAUUAAGGAUACUCUAUCAAUAGACUGUAGAAUCUAUCUUUGUUUAAAUGUAGUUGAUUGCCAUGUAGAUAAAUGGUA